UUGUUUACAACCCGAACACGUUAUGACCGCUGAUAUUCUUGUCAUUUGUACAUUGUUACAACAAAGUAGGAUAUGAUUGGUUUAUGAUAUGAAAUGUGUGUUUAAUGGUUCAGGAAACCUUAACAGGUGAAUGCGAUUCGACAGAGUAUCUGUCAGUCAUUGGCCAUGGGAAAUCUAAGGUUAGGUAGCACUGUUCCGCCUCCUGCAAACUGGCAGCCGCUGUAGCUAGCAGAGCAGAUGUUAGUUCGGAUGCACACAUUGAAUGAAAGUCGGUGUAGCAGGCUGUGGCCACCAGCAACUGAGAAUAUCCGCACUCAGUAAAGUUAUCUUAAGUUACGGUGUAUAGGCACCUGGUGAGACUGUAUCUGCAGGGAAAAGCUUACACGUUGGCAAGAGACGGGUUGAAGAGAUUUGUGGGAGGGGAAGGACCAGGCUGUGUGUGGCAAUGCAGCGGGUCACGGCGCAGCUCGUCGUCGGAGUGGUCGCAGUGGUGCUGUCGCUGCUGGCAGAGCAGUGUUGGGCGGACGGCGGGGGCCCCAGCCUCGCUGAACGGGUUAUCUGGGCUGUUAAUGCCGGGGGUGAAGCACACGUGGACGUGCACGGUAUUCACUUCAAAAAGGACCCAUUGGAAGGGAAGGUUGGCAAAGCAUCUGAUUAUGGUGUGCGUCUGCCAAUACUGCGCUCCAGUCCAGAGGACCAGAUUCUGUAUCAGACAGAGCGCUACAAUGAGGACACUUUUGGAUAUGAUAUUCCCAUUCGUGAGGAAGGAGACUAUAUACUAGUUAUGAAGUAUGCAGAAGUUUACUUCGCCCAGUCACAGCAAAAGGUGUUUGACGUCCGUCUAAACGGCCAUGUGGUGGUGAAGGACCUGGAUAUCUUUGAACGUGUGGGUCACAGUACCGCUCAUGAUGAAAUAGUGCCCUUUUCUAUUAAACGUGGCAAGCUGAGUGUGCAAGGAGAAGUGUCCACUUUCAACGGCAAGCUCAUUGUGGAGUUUGUAAAGGGUUAUUAUGACAACCCCAAGGUCUGCGCGCUCUACGUAAUGAAGGGGACAUUAGAAGAUGUGCCAAAACUUCAGCCUCACCCUGGCUUGGAGAAGCACGAGGAAGAGGAAGAAGAGGAGGAGGAGAGCGAGGGAGGCGAGGAAGGUGGGAAGAAAAAGGUCCCUAUAGGUUCCAAGAACAGGGUCCAGUCAGGCCCCCGAACACCAAACCCAUACGCAGCCGACAACAGCAGCCUAAUGUUUCCCAUCCUUGUGGCGUUUGGGGUGUUCAUCCCCACACUGUUCUGCCUCUGUCGGCUGUGAGCUACAACUAGUGAUCGAGGAGACAUCAAACGGACAGACAGACUAUGAAGAGAGGGAAGGAGAGGGGGGGGUUGGGGGGGGGGUCGACAACAGCAGCACAGGUAAAAGCAUACACGCAGGAGAGAGCUUGAAGGCUUGAAGAAAAUCAUGACAACAGAGGACAAAAAGAGACAACUUUUCGGAAAGCCACUACGAGAUGAAGCAAACGCUGUUGUCGCAUUCUACCGUUGAGGAAAGAAAAGGAGAUGUAGGAAGUGUAUGCUGUGCGCUUCUUUGUGAAUGUGUUUCGCAUCCACCUCUGCUGACCCUUUUGAACAAUGUUAGUCAUUUCCACUCAGAGACUGGGCAGGAUUUACAGAUGCCAGUCUUCACUGUUUGAAACCACAAUUCAGCAGCUAAGGGGUCCGUAGAAGUUAUUGGUCUGGGCCCGUUUUAUUAACUAAAAAGCAUUGUUUUGUACUGGGUGUAGCAAGGAAGUUUAACACUCCUGCUCAGCAUCUGGUCAGACAUGAUACCUUCAAAUUGGAAAUGGUGCUGCUUAGAAAUUGGUUAAAUAGAAUAGAAACUAUGAGUCAGGUGUACAGUUGCCAUCUGAGAGGCUCCCAUUUUUCUCAACUUGUCGCGUUUUUGUGUCUUUCCACUCAGAUCUAGUUAGUUCUUUGUUGACGUGCCAUCAUCUACUUGCCAUACGUUGUUGAAAGACGAAAGUAAUUGGUGUUGAACCAGCUCUAGCUAGCUGGAUUAUUUGCUGUCUGCUGUCUAAGUCGGUUUGCCUUUACAUAAAUAUAGGUUAAGUUUCACAAAUCUGUUGAUGUGUGGUAAUACAUACUUUGGCAUUGUUCCAUCAAAUACUGAUCCAGGGCCAUGAAAAGUGCUUAACAGUGAUCACAAAUUUAAAGUCCUUUUGGUUUUGUUUGUUUGUUUUCAAGGAUGAGUCCUUUUUUUUUUUUUUUUUUUUUUUUAAUUCACACAUUACAACGUGAGAAUAUUGAACCUUACGGUUUUUUUCAGUAAGAGAUGCCACAUUUAGUGAGAGGCAAAGUUGAAGCUGUGAAAUGCUUAAGCUCAAGUGAGUCAGGAUCUUUUCAUUUUCUGUUUUUUCUCUGAUCUUUGCCUUUUUCUAUUCAUUCAUUAUGUAUGCCUGCCUUUUUGUCUCACCAAAGAAUGUCUCUCUUUAUGUCAUUAGAGAAGAAAAACUUGGUGGCCUGUUUUAAUUUGACUAAUAGCUUGCAAAAUACAGUUCUGGGAUGCCUCUGUGGCAAGUGGAUGAAAUUGAAGGUGUUUGGACACGCAGUACCCUCAUCAUCAUCGUCGUCAUCGGUUAACUGAGAGGACAGCUGUAAUAGUUGUAUUUGUUUUGUGUCAUUAAUUUUGUGUUUUCGAUUUAAAACAGAAAGCUGUGUUGACUCUGAACUUCAGUCCUUCAUGUUAUUUGAAACUGAGAGAACAGGCCGCUGCAGCUCAAUGUUAAUAUAAUAAAUCAUGAGAAUCUGUGCCAGUCAAUGCACUUGUUUCAUACAUCCCCAAAGUUGCUCUGCGUGCACCACAAGUUCAUCUACCUGCAGUAAGAGAUGAGAAAGCACAAUAUCAGUCAGGAGAAAAUGAUGUUUACCAGAUGUUAUAAAUCAACAUUUAUUGCAUUUUCCGCAUUCUUCACUCAGCCUUUUCAAAUCUGUUGUCUUAAAACUUUUAAUGUGGACUGUACCAUUUUGUUAAAUCAGUGUGAACUUUCAGUGCAAUUAAGCUACGAGUUCUGGUCCUUGAAUUGAUUGAGCAAAUGGGACAAAAUUUGAUCUUUGAUAAUGUGGCCAUGUAGGGGAAAAAAAGGUUCACUUUGUGUUUUAGUCUCUGCUUUUGGACAAUGAUAUCCUGCUUUGCGUUCCAUGCAGACUGAAAAGCAGCUUUGUUCUUCAUUUUUAGUGUGAGUUGUGAUCCCUCCUAUUUAUGUAUCUAGUUACCUCCCUUAAGUGCUUAGCUCUAUUCCUAGGACGUUUUUGUAACUUUGCCUGUUUCACUAAUGCGUCUUAAAUGUCCCCUGACGGUUAAUAAUUCAGGUGUUGUGGAUCCUUCCUCACUCCUCGAUUCUUCUUCCCAUUUUGAUUGAUUGUGGGUAAGAAGUUAGUGCCAGAAAAUAUUUGGUUAGUUGGUUUUGGGGUUUUUGUUUUUUCUGUCUCUUAAGUUGUAAACUCAACUCAUAUAUUUAAGCACCUUUUUUUUCCUCUGAAAAGAUGCAAAAAGUACAUUUAAUUCCACCAAAGUCACCGUGUUCUGUUCCUCUGCAAGUCUACACAGUUGCGUGUGUAUAUAAGGUACAAGAUUACACUUUUUAUUGUGUGACAACAGUUUUGUUCUCAUCACGUUUGUGUUGUAGCUGGGAUGUUAGGGUGUUUUGGGGUUUUUUUGUUUGUUUGUUUUUUGUCUCCUGAGGAAGACUUUGUGGCCUUUCUUCUGGGGAGGAACAGUUGUUGGUACAGAAUACAAAAAAAUUUAACAGGCAGCCAGAUGAACUGACUGUCAGAAAGUCAAAUAAAUGAGAUUAUGUCUGAAAAUGUGGGAUCUUCCAUUCUAUUAUAUAUAAUUUAAAUCAGAGUGGGGCUGAUCUGGAGAUAUUUUAUAAUACGCUUGGAUAUGUUUGAAUUUUUUCCUCAGGAUCUGUUUUGUUUUGCGUUUUUAAAACGUGAUAUUUUAUUGGUGUGACAUUUUGCACUGCCUCAUGUAUUUUAAAAUCAUGUAAUUUUUUUGUGUGUUCGUCUUUGUUGCCUUGAAUUAUUGAAUACAUUGUGCUUUAUCAUCUUUCGCCUUGAGGUUGCUCUUUUGUUUGCUUAUAUCAAAUUAACCUUUUUUUCCCCCUUUUUCUCUGUUAAACACACUUUUCAGGGCUAGAUUUUCAUUCCACACAAACAACCCUUGUUAGGAUUCUGUCAGUAGAGUUAAUAUAUCUUGAGCCUGUCGGUAACCUCAACUUUUCCAGGAGCAAAGCCAGUCAAAAACAAAUGGAAAGGUUUGUAAGAGAACUGUGUGAAAUGCAUAUGUCCAGCACUUGUUUCCAACUGUUGUAUCUCUUAUGUAUUUAGCUCCUCACCAGCCUACUUCGGACCUGUUAUUGACAAUACAUCACAACUGAAUGAACUGGAGUGGAAUGAAGAUCUGCUCUCAGUGGGGGGUUUUUCACAUGAAAACCAAAGAAUUGCCGUCAUUCCAUCCAAAUUCUUAAACAGUGUCCGAACAUAAUGCUAAAGGUUCUUCAUUUAUCUCAUAAAUGAAGAACCUUUUUAAACCAUAAUUUUUCUCACCUGGUAAACCAGGUGUCCUGUCUAAUCAUGUCUUGUCAUCAGAGUUAUUGUCACCACUUACUCCCCUGCCGUGACACCCCAUCCUCUUGAAAUUUUCAUCCUAAAAGAGUCCUUUUAAUUGCUCUGUGAUUAAUGUAAAUUUGUUUGAGAUGACCAUUGUCAGCUUGUCGCUAUCUUUCUAUGUUUCUCAUUUUCAAAGCAACUGAACAUGUGAGAUGAAUUUAAACUGAGACAAAUUUGAACAGCAAAACAUCAGCCAACUUGUCCAUCGUCCAGGCAGCAGUCCAUAGACACAAACAACGAGGUCUGCCACCGAUCGCACAGUGUGAGUGUGUGCUUAAAUAUGAGUCCUACUGUAUAGACAUACAUGUGUUGGAUAAAUAAAUGCUCCUCUGAGGGCUGUAGGCAGCAGCAGGUGGACUGAGAAAUGUAUUUGAGACCCCUGAUCCUACUCAGAUGUGGCAUAUGUCUGCAAAAUGGGGAAAUGCUGAUAAAUGCUGUCUCUUUUUAAUAAAUGUGCUAUUUUAUCAGAA